ACCGCCAAAUUGGUCGUUGCUGGAGACGGACGGUGAAAAAAUGUCGCGCAAGGAGAAGAGAGCCAAAAACCCUAAUAGCGACAGCGACGACGACGAAACCUUCUAUUAUCGAUAUCCCUCCGCCACCUCUUCUGCCCCACCGCCGCCGUCGUCUUCACAGUCGCACUUCUCAUCGCAAUCGCACUCACACUCUUCCACCAAGUCCGGCGGAGGUUCUGGUGGUUUGGUUCCUUCGAAGUCUACUGUCUACGUUUCCAAUUUCGACUAUUCACUCACUAAUUCGGAUCUCCAUACUCUCUUCUCCACUUUCGGUAAGAUCGCUCGUGUUACGGUGUUGAAAGAUCGCCAGACUCGCAAGUCUCGCGGCGCUGCGUUCGUCCAGUUUAUUUCUCAGGACGACGCGGUCAAGACCGUGAAACAGAUGCAUGGGAAGAUUUUGAAUGGCCGUGCUCUGAAGGUUGCUAUAGCGAAUGAUAAUGGUCGCGCCGCUGAGUUUAUAAGGAAGAGGGUUUAUAAAGACAAGAGUAGGUGCUACGAGUGCGGCGCAGUUGAUGGACAUUUGUCUUAUGAGUGUCCUAAAAAUCAAUUGGGGCCAAGGGAGCGACCUGAACCGAAGCGGGUGAGAAAGGGUGGAGUCGGUGCUAGGCACGAGGAGGAUUGGGGAUCGGAUGAUGGGGAAGGUUUUGAGGAUGACAAUUGGGCCUCAGUGGUGGACGGAGAUGCAGACCAAAGACUGCUGACUAGCAGUGAGAACGUUGUAGAGAAGAAAAAAGCGAAGAAAGCGAGUUAUUUCAGUGACGAGAGUGGUGAAGAUGAGUAACUUUUAGCUUGUCUCUUUGGAAAGAGUUUGCGAAGGAAUUUUAAGGAUAGAGGUAGCCAACUUGAGCAUAUAGCUCAAUUGAUUAAGACACAUGACCUCACCCUAUACAUCCCCAACUUCAAAUGUUAUGUUGAACUCAAAAGGACAGAGAUACUGCUAUUAACAGUUUAAGCCAGAAGAAGAAGAAGAACAACUGAAUCCUAACAAACUCAUAGGGAGAAUCAGGUCACCUCUUCGUCUAUUAUUCAUUUGCUGUGGAAAUUUUUCUGUGUGUAUCCAUUCCAAAGGCUUUGAUGAUAAAAAUGGAGAUUUUUCCUUUUUCCCUUUUUUGUACUCAUCUAGUUUUGUUCCUUCAUUCCAAAUUGUUGUAUGUGUAUCCACUUCAAAGCCUUAUGUAAUUAUUUCCCUCUCAAUGUCAAUUGGACUAAUUUUUUUGGUGAAAUCCCUUGGCUUUUCUGGAUUUUCCCUGCCUUUACUUUUCAUCUAAGCCAUUGACUUGACCAAAAUUGAGGAAGCACUUACAGUGGGAAAGUCCUGAUGACAAACCCCGAGGCUUUAAUGCAAAAUUCUAUGUGAGAGCAUAGCUCAGGAUGUCUCAAGGAUAACAUUCAGAAGGCAUUCUUAGAUUUUGCACCUACUAGAUCUAAAUCACACUUAUAGCAGAGAAGAUAGGAUUAAAUCUGAUUGUAGACCUCCGCCCGUGUGCUUUGUUGUCCUUACCCACAGGAGGAGGUUUGUUCGGAGUAAAGUCGUCGGUGAAAAAGGGAAAGAAGGUUUUUUAAUCUGAUUGGGAUGGCAUAUAAAUAUAUGAUCCUGUAUAUUUGGACUUCUUAGAUGCUCUCUUGGAAAAGAAGGGUUUUAAUUAAGAAUUGAACAUAAUGGAUUUACAAUUGUUUUCUCGUUCAACAAAAAGAACUUUGACCAAAACCAUAUUGAUAAAAGACCAAGGGAAAUUAGUUUAAAGUCCUCUCUCUUCUAACCGUUCAUUUUAUAGCUGAAGUUGAAGUAGGCUUCUUGAAAAAACAGUGAUGUUAUGAAAUCUUUUACUAUUGCAUCUCUUAGAAUUUAAAUUCACCCACUCCCAAUUUGUAGAAGUGGAGUCCUAUUUUGAAAUGGCAAUGACAUUAAGCCAUUUUUUCCUACAACCUGCAGAAGAUUUCACUUCAUAUUAAGCUUAACGAGAAUAUGUCGGCGAGUAAUAGUAUCUGGUGGAGGAAGUCGACCACAUCACUGGGAUCUUCGUUCACUGCCCUCAGUAAUCAAUCGUCCAGGACGGUUAAUGGUCGAGAAGACCGAAAACAAAGUUGAGAAAUGGAGAAAUACUACCUCUGAGGAAGAGAGGGGAAAUGAGCUGUGGUGCCUUACUUACUGCCUAUCUUCAUUUAAUAUGCCCUUAAAACAGGCUCUGGCUAUGGAUAAAAGCUGUCUUUCUUGAGGAAGGUCGAGGUAAGCAGCAGCAAGGGCUGUAAGAGCCAGGCUUCUAUUUUGUUAGAAUGGGUAUUGAAGUUUGGAAUGGAGAGAACCAGAGCAUCUUUUGGUAUUUAAUUAUCGCUUGAUUAUACUGCU